GAAAAGAGGAAGAAAAAAAAAACCCAAAAAAAUUCUCUUGUUUUUCAACCCCCUUUAAGCACAAUUUCUUUCUUGAUCUUCCAUUGUUCAAACGUUAAAAGCUGUUUCUUCCAUUAGUCAACAAUGGUUAAUCGUAAAUGAUCUUCCCCCAUUCUCUCUCUCUCUCUCUCUCUAUCUCUGCGGCUAUAAACCCAAAAACAAGAGACCUCACCGCCAAAUCUUCCUCCAAGAAACCAGAAGAUUCUCCCAUUGAAAAGUGGUGGAAGAACAAAGGCGACCCACUUCCCCUUUUUCCCUUAUCCUCAGCCCCACCGUCGAUGCCGGAAGAUUUUCGUCGGACCAGUUGCAGAAACCCUAGCCAUUUGAGUUUUUGAUUACUCCCAUUUUCGAGUUUUCUGUUGAAAGCCGAGGGAAAUUGAAUCUGGGUGCGUCGAUUUUCCCACAUUUUCCCGAGGAAAAAGAAAAAUGUCCCAUCUCGAUAACAUUCCUUCGACUCCGGGGAAGUUUAAGAUGGAGAAAUCGCCGUACAUUCACAGACUCCGGUGGCAUUCUUCGCUCACGAAGCUCACAUUCUGGUCCUUGGUCUUCCUCGGCUCGAUCUUGAUCUUCUUCUUCCGAUCGCCGUCGUCGUCGCCGCUCUCGUCCGAUCCUUCCCGCCGAUCGCUCAGCACCUACGAUUGGGGCGGACCCGCUUGGGAGAAACGCGUCCGCAACUCCGCCCGAGUCCGCUCUCGCAAUGGGAUUUCCGUCCUCGUCACCGGCGCCGCCGGAUUCGUCGGAACCCAUGUCUCGGUGGCGCUGAAGCGCCGCGGCGAUGGCGUGCUCGGCCUGGACAAUUUCAACAACUACUACGAGCAAUCCCUAAAACGCGCCCGCCAAGCCCUUUUGGAGCGCACCGGCGUGUUCGUCGUUGAAGGAGAUAUCAACGAUUCGGCUCUGUUGAAGAAGCUUUUUGAAGUGGUUCCGUUCACCCAUGUGAUGCAUUUGGCCGCUCAGGCCGGCGUCAGGUACGCCAUGGAAAAUCCAAGCUCUUAUGUCCAUAGCAACAUUGCUGGUCUUGUUAGUCUUUUGGAAGUCUGUAAAUCUGCAAAUCCACAGCCUGCAAUUGUUUGGGCAUCUUCUAGCUCGGUUUAUGGAUUGAAUACUAAAGUACCCUUCUCGGAAAAGGACCGAACCGAUCAACCGGCGAGUCUUUACGCGGCGACAAAGAAGGCCGGAGAAGAAAUUGCACAUACUUAUAAUCAUAUCUAUGGACUUUCAUUAACAGGGCUGCGGUUCUUCACUGUUUAUGGACCUUGGGGAAGGCCUGACAUGGCUUAUUUCUUCUUCACUAGAGAUAUCUUGAAGGGGAAGUCAAUUCCCAUCUUUGAAGGAGCUGAUCAUGGCACAGUGGCUAGAGAUUUCACCUACAUUGAUGACAUUGUUAAGGGUUGUUUGGCAGCUUUGGACACUUCUGAGAAGAGCACUGGCAGUGGGGGGAAGAAGAAAGGACCGGCACAGCUUCGGGUUUUCAAUUUGGGGAAUACGUCCCCGGUACCGGUUAAGGAUCUUGUGAGCAUUUUGGAAAAGCUCUUGAAGACGAAGGCAAAGAGGAACAUUAUGAAGUUGCCAAGGAAUGGGGAUGUUCAGUUUACUCAUGCCAAUAUCAGCUAUGCUCAGAGGGAACUUGGAUACAAGCCAACGACGGAUCUGCAGACUGGGUUGAAGAAGUUCGUCCGGUGGUAUCUGAAUUAUUAUUCGCAAGGGAAGAAGGCUGCUGGCUAGCGGGAUUGUUCGGGCGUUUACACGAUUCUUUGUUGGUUCAUCUUUACGCUGCUUUGGAUCCCUCGGGUGCGAGCUUUUUGAUGAAACGUGGUUGGUUCCCGUGUGUACCGUGUUUUUCCGAUGAAACUAACAUAACUUUAACGGCUCUAAAAAGCCUACAUUGUCAAAACCUUGUUUCUGAAACGUUGGAAAAGUUCUCCUUUCUAUGCUCUCAAUGUUGGUUCUGAGUUAUCUUGGCGCUGCACAUGAUUCCUUUUGGAAGGUAGGUUUGUUUAGCAUUUCGUUAAUGACGGUUUUUGUACGUUUUCGGGUAAACUUUUUGUGCUGAAGUUAGAAUGGCAGUUCAAGGUU